GACAAACCAUUGCUCCAUUCUAAUGGCAUCCAAAUUAUUCUCAAGACUAUACACUUCAUCCUCCCUGGCGCGUAAUGCACAGAUUACCAAUGGCUUUAUUGGAGCUAUCGGAAACACACCUUUGAUUCGAUUGAACAGAUUGAGUGAAGAGACCGGGUCAGAAAUCCUCGCAAAGGCUGAAUUCAUGAACCCCGGAGGCUCUGUCAAAGACAGAGCCGCACUCUUCGUUGUCAAGGAUGCCGAAGAAAAGGGAUUGAUUAAGCCUGGAGGCACAGUGGUAGAGGGAACAGCAGGAAAUACCGGUAUUGGCCUUGCCCAUGUCUGCCGAGCAAAGGGCUACAAGUGCGUUAUUUACAUGCCAAACACUCAGUCACAGGAAAAAAUUGAUUUGUUGAGAAUGCUUGGUGCUGAAGUCUAUCCAGUUCCAGCUGUUGCAUUCGAUAACCCACAAAACUACAACCAUCAAGCUGCUAGACAUGCUGAAUCUUUAGACAACGCUGUAUGGACAAAUCAGUUUGACAAUACCGCCAACCGUCGUGCUCAUAUUGAGACAACUGGUCCUGAGAUUUGGGCUCAAACUGAAGGCAAGAUCGAUGGCUUUACAUGCGCUACCGGAACCGGUGGUACUUUGGCUGGUAUUGCAAGAUACCUUAAGGAAAAGAAAGGUGACGAUGUCAAGGUCUACCUUGCUGAUCCUCCUGGCUCAGUUUUGCAUAGCUACUUUCAAACUGGAGGAAAACUUUUUGAGCGAAGCGGUAGCUCCAUCACAGAGGGUAUUGGACAAGGUCGUGUUACCGACAACUUGAAACCUGAUGUUGGUGUCAUUGAUGGCUCCUUCAACAUUCCUGAUGAAGACAGUAUCAAGAUGUUAUAUAGACUUUUGGAUGAAGAAGGUAUUUAUGUCGGCGCCAGUUCUGCACUCAACGUUGUUGCUGCAGUUGAGCUUGCCAAGAAACUUGGUAAGGGCAAGAUUAUCACCACCAUUCUUUGUGAUGGAGCCUACAGAUACCAAUCUCGUCUAUUCAGUCGCAAGUGGUUGGAAUCCAAAAAUUUAGUAUCAGCUAUUCCUGAUCAUUUACAAAAGUAUAUAGUCCUUGAAUAGUGGCCAUCAAUGAAAUAGCGGGAUGGUACACAACAGUUUACUCAAUCAUUGAGGUAUAAAGAUAGAAAUUCGUGCAAUAUAUCAUUAUAGAAGGAUGAUACUUCGCAAUUCGAAGUUCCCAGUCAUAUAAAGAGACGCAUAAUGGGUAAUAGUGAUAUACUUUCGCGAUUAAUAAUCAAGUUGAUAGACAAGUGUUCGUAGAAUAUAAUGUUUAUCACUGCCCAAGUUCUGAGGCAACUUCGAA